AUGUAUCUUGUUCGAACAGUAUCAAAAUAUCAUUCAUCUCGUCUUGUUCAUCUUCUUGAAACAUGGAUUUCACUUGUUCAUGAACAUGUCUAUUAUAUAAGUGAUACCUAUCCACCUAAUAUCACUCGAACACAUGUAAUAGCAACAGGAACAACUUGUGGUCCUAGCUCACAUAAAGUUCGAGCUCUUUGUUGUCAAACAAUUCAUGAUUUUAUUUUUUAUCGUCGUUAUGAAUCUCAAUAUGAUUGGUUUUGUCAUUUUGAUGAUGAUCAAUAUGUUCAUACAAAUAAUCUUCGUGAAUAUUUAUCUAAACUUGAUUUUAAUCAUCCAUAUUAUAUUGGACGAAAUUCUUGGAAUGUAUCAUUUAAACGAAGAAAAAAAUCUCAUUCAGGUCGUUUUUGGUUUGCAACACUUGGCGCUGGUGUUUGUCUAUCGAAACGUACUCUUCAUUUACUUGAACCUUAUACUCGUACUGUAUCGCAAUUUGUCGAUGGAUGUUCACGACAAUGGUAUC